CGCGGUGAGUCCGUGCCGGUCAAUCCCUCAAGCCGAGGGGCCGCCACUGGGACUGUAGGUGUCGGAAGGGGUCGCCGAGUGGGCCUGCGGCGAGGCGGGGCGGGGCGGCGGUCAUCAUGUCGAGGCAGGCGAACCGUGGCACCGAAAGCAAGAAAAUGAGCUCUGAGCUGUUCACCUUGACCUACGGGGCUCUGGUCACCCAGCUGUGCAAGGACUAUGAGAACGAUGAAGACGUGAAUAAACAACUGGACAAAAUGGGCUACAACAUCGGAGUCCGACUGAUUGAAGAUUUCUUGGCACGGUCGAAUGUUGGGAGGUGCCACGACUUUCGGGAAACGGCAGAUGUCAUCGCCAAGGUGGCCUUCAAGAUGUACUUGGGCAUCACUCCAAGUAUCACUAACUGGAGUCCAGCCGGUGACGAAUUCUCCCUCAUUUUGGAAAAUAACCCGUUGGUGGACUUUGUGGAGCUUCCUGAUAAUCACUCCUCUCUUAUUUACUCCAACCUCUUGUGUGGGGUGUUGCGGGGAGCCCUGGAGAUGGUCCAGAUGGCUGUGGAGGCCAAGUUUGUCCAGGACACCCUGAAAGGAGACGGUGUGACAGAAAUCCGGAUGAGGUUCAUCAGGCGGAUUGAGGACAAUCUCCCAGCUGGAGAGGAGUGACCGUGCCCAGGCUGCGGGUAGCCAGCAGGAGUGCUUGCCGGAGCCGGAAAGCCUCGAUGCCGCCUGUGCUCCAGACUCAGUGACUCUUAACUCGGAUGUUAUAUAUUCUUCAACCCUCGUCUCCAUUCUCAUGCUAAUAAAGAGCAGACUGUGAUAAAAUCCCUUGACCCUGCCCCCACCUCCCUCCGUGUACAGAUUGAGGAGGGAAGUCUUUGCUCCCUUUCCCUCCAGAGGGGCUGGUUGUAUCCGUCUCAGAUGGACUAGAAAGAGCUCAAACCAUUUUACAUUGCUGUUUUAACUCAUCCAGAGGCAAACCCAGUGCAUCUGGUACUGGAACUUCAGGAAGCAUUGGAGGGGCCAGGGCUGUGGUUCAGUUGGAGAGCACCUGCUUUGUGUAUUUGAGGUCAAACAAGGAAAAAUAAAGCCAUUGAUGAAUGGUGGUAGGAAUCCAGGCUUGCGGGCCAGGGGAGAGCCUGGGAGGGCGGGGCGGGAGUUGCUAGCUGCAGUAUGACACAUUCUCGCCAGCAAAGAGAAGCCAGCCGUGCGGGAAACACCGACUUCUGGGAAGCCGCCCAGGGCCCAUUCCUCCCUGCUGUUUGGAGGCGACAUCUCCUCUUUUUACAGAGGGUCCAUCCUUUUUCUUACAAAUUAUUCAAUAAAGACAUUCUUGAGUGAAAUCCCAA